AUGGGGAAGAUCAUCUUUUAUGAAGACAAAAACUUCCAGGGUCGCUCUUAUGAGUGUAACUGCGACUCUGCUGACCUACACUCCUUCUUUAGCCGCUGUAAUUCUAUCCGUGUGGAGAAUGGAAACUGGAUGAUCUACGAACAUCCCAACUACAAGGGACACCAGUACUUUCUAAAGAAAGGGGAAUACCCAGAUUACCAACAGUGGUUGGGUUUCAAUGACUCUGUGAGGUCCUGUCGACUGACUCCACAGCACCGUGGCACCUUCAGAAUUAGAGUUUACGAGAAGGAAGAUUUUGGAGGUCAUAUGAUGGAAUUAACAGAAGACUGUCCACAUGUCCAAGAGAAGUUCCAUUAUAAUGAUAUUUACUCCUGCAGCAUCCCUGAAGGCCACUGGAUCUUCUAUGAAGAGCCCAACUAUAGGGGACGUCAAUACUACCUGAGGUCCGGCGAGUACAGAAGAUAUUCUGAAUGGGGUGCAAGUAGUCCCAGAGUGGGCUCCUUCAGGAGGGUUCUGGAUCUCUAUUGA